AAAUAAUAAUCAUAAGAGGAAGAAGAAGACGAAGAAGGAGAAUAACAAAAAAGAAAACAUAAUCAAAAAAGGGACCCAACACUUUACUAAACAUACGGAUUCUUUAUCCUAAGUGUUUACUGUCUUAUUAUAUUAUAUGAUUUAUACAGUUAGUUUUCUUUGGAUUAUAUCAUAUUAAAGAGAAUAAUACAAUAGAAAUAUAAUAUUAAUAUACAAGAAUUAUAUACAUAAUAAUUAUCAAUGGCACGUGGAGCUGGUGGUUUAUUAGAUGGUGGAUUUGUAUUUAAAUUAGGCAGAUUAUUUAAAACUCCAUAUGGUGGAGAAGGUGUCGAUUUUAUUGAUCAAUUAAAUUAUCAAUUUACUGGUGGACUUAUGGUUAUAUUUAUAGCAAUUAUCAGUUUUCGACAAUAUGUUGGUAAACCAAUUCAAUGUUGGGUACCACAAGAAUUUACUAAAUCAUGGGAAGAAUAUGCUGAAAAUUUAUGCUGGGUAUCAAACACAUAUUUUUUAUUACCUAAUGAAGAAAUACCAACAGAUCAAGUAGAUUAUGAAAAAGUUAAAUUUAUUGGUUAUUAUCAAUGGGUUGCAAUAGUUUUAGCUGGUCAAGCUAUGAUGUCAUGGGUUCCACAUUUAUUAUGGCGUGUUGGUUCAAGACGUUUACCAUUAUUAUUAAAAUCAGCAAGAGAAGCCGCUAUACCAGAUCGUGAAUUACGUUUAAAAGCGGUAUCAUGUUUAGUAGCUACAUUAGAAGAACAAGCUGAAUCUCAAUCAAGAUUUCGACGAAUUAAAUCAAUAUUAACUCGUUGUUUAUGUGGUGUUACACCAAAUGCACGUUUAACUAUGUUAUUUUUAUUUGUAAGAGCAUUAUUUGUAGCUAAUUCAGUUGGACAAAUUUAUUUAAUGAAACGUUUUACCGGUUUUAAUAGUACCGUAUUUGGAUUAAGAUUAUUACAAGAUUUAUCAGCUGGUGUUGAAUGGGAACGAACUGGACAUUUUCCCCGUGUUACAUAUUGUACUAUAAAAGUUCGUAAAAUGGGUCAAACUAAACCAGCAAGCUAUACCCUACAAUGUGUUUUGCCAAUUAAUAAUUUCACAGAGAAAAUCUACGUAUUUCUAUGGUUUUGGUUUGCAAUACUUGGUUUAUUAACUACAUUGAAUACAUUACAAUGGGCAUUAAAUACAAUAUUACCAUCACGUCGUGUACGAUAUAUUAAACAAUAUUUAAAAGCAUUAAGACUUAUAUCUAGUACAGAAGAACGUGAUUGUGCACGUUUUGUAAAUAAUAAUUUAGGCGCUGAUGGUGUAUUUAUACUUCAUGUUGUUUCAAAAAUAGCUAGUGAUCUUAUUGCAUUAGAUGUAACCGCAACAUUAUGGAAAAAUUAUCGACAAGCUAAAAUUACAGGAACAGAAGAAGAUGUUAAUCGAUUACUUGAAACAGUGAAUCGUGGUUCUUCUGUUGUCUGA